CUCAUAUGGUUGCCAGAUUUCAACAGUUGUAUCUAAUGAUCCUAAAUGUGGGUACGAGUGAAAAUAGCCGGGGAUAAGAUUUCAAAUAUAUUUUCGCAUGUGUAGUAUAAAGUAUAUACAGGUAAGGUUCUUAAAAGUGAAAAAUAAAAAAUGUGAAAAAUGGACGAUAUUUGUAUGUUUGGGGAUGUUACAGGAAAAUCUGGCAAGACAAAUGACCGAUUAUUUUAGCCAAUAGGAGGAUGAUGCGAGAUGGUGAAGAUGAAGAUGUGUGUAUCAGUUUCUACAUUUCUUACUACGUUCACUUGACAGGAGUAACCUUUUGCAGUGGCAGAGUUGUAUACACAUAAAGGAAGUUUAUUUAUUUGUGCCCUGCGGAAAUGGAGACCAGCUUGUGUUCGAAGCAGACUGAAAUCAGGUGUGCUGAGCAGAUUCCAUCCUUGACUGCUUGGGUCAUUGAAUACGCAUGGAGUCACCGAAUGAUGGAUGUACUGGAAGGGUUAGUGCCAUGUAAGAGGCAGAAGGGUGAAUGUCGAUCACUGACCCUGGAGGAGCCUUGUGCUUUGCGUGUAGCGGCAGCACAGGCAUGGUCAGUGGUAAACGCCAGGGACGUCAAACACUUUGAGAGUCUGCUGGAGCUGCUAGAGUCCAUCUACACACUGGUGCCACGGCUCAUCACCCCUAUCAAACACAUGAAGAUUAUGUUUGGCCUUAAGACCAUGAUUGUCAUGUGGAUGUUGCAGAAGAACCAUGGAGAAGUCAGCACCAUGAAGAAAAUAAACCGCUUCUUCCCAAGCAGCCUAUCUUUGUACCAUGGCUGUAGCAAAAGGGAGCUGGAUCUGAUGAAAAAGACCAAUUACGAAUUUAAGCAGCUAGCCCAAUCGCUGCUUUUCCACGAGGAAAUGCGGAAAGCUUACAUCAGUGGCCAGAUGGAGGAGCAUUACGGAGAGAGAUAUGCACAGAAGCUAGAGGAGAGGUUGUUUGACUACCUGCAGCUGCUGGAGAAGGACCUUCAACCAACCACAUGUUUAGACCAGGUUUUGAGACAAGAGCGCCCCCUUGUGGAAGGGGAACAGUUGCUGCUGGGGGUGUUGAACUAUAGUCCUCACUGUGUGCCUGCAGCACUGAAAAGGCUGCUAUACUAUGCCAAGGCCACACCCUCUAUAGGCCCUGGAAUGAGCCAGCCAUCUACCUGCACUGACAAGGAGAAACAGACACUACAGCCCCUCACAGAUCCUAAAGACAGACCAAAUUGGACACCGCUCCCUGCAGGGCAACCUGGACUGGUGAGGUCCAGCAUGUCCCACAGCAGUUGGAAGGCGUGUGGAAAGGAGAAAGCUACGUCCACACCACUGUGUUCAAGGUCGUCUUGUGCCGAAGGUCGAAGUGACAGGGCAGAACAGAGACUCAGAAAACAGGGCUUGUCUCUGGGUGGGUGGAGCCAUGGGACAAGAGGGCAUGGCCAUGAGGAAAAAGGAUUGAGCCAGGAUAAAAGAGGGUGGGAUCAGAAAGAAAAGGGGCAGGGCCAGAAGGACAGAAGGCGGGGCCCGGGGAAAAAAAGGCAGAAUUGGGGAAGCACUCAGCUGGCAGAACAACACUGUCAGAUGGGGGAUUAUCCCAUGCAGCUAUGCUCCAGACACAAGAGAUGGGUGAGAAACAUACUGCAGGAGUGCUCUGUGGAGGUGGGUGCUCAAAGUGUGGGCAUUCUAAAGGAAUACCCUACGGAGGUAGGAUGUGAAACUGUGAACAUUAUAGAGCAGUGCACUAAGGAGUUAGAGGGUCAAAAUGGGAUCAUUGUGGAGCAGUGCCAUAAUGAGGUGGGGGAGCAAACUGUGAACAUUAUGGAGCAAUGCCCUAAGGAGUUAGUGGGUCAUGGUAUGAACAUUCUGGAGACAUGCUCUGAGGAGUUAGAGGGCCAGAAUGGGAUAAUUUUGGAGCAGUGCUAUAAGGACGUGGGGUGUCAAAAUGGGAUCAUUUUAGAGCAGUGCAAAAAAGAGGUGGGGUGCCAAACUGGAAACAUUAUGGAGGAGUGCUCUCAGGAGUUAGAGGGUCAAAAUUGGAUCGUUUUGGAGCAGUGCCAUAAGGAGAUGGGGAAGCAAAGUGUGAACAUUAUGGAGCAGUGCCCUAAGGAGUUAGAGGAUCAAAGUAUGAGUUUUCUGGAGCAGUGCCCUCAGGAGUUAGAGGGUCAACGUGCGAGUUUUCUGGAGAAGUGCUCUCUGGAAUUUGAGGGUCAAAAUGGGAUCAUUUUGGAGCAGUACCCUCAGGAGUUAGAGGGUCACGGUAAGAGCAUUCUGGAGAUGUGCUCUCAGGAGAUGGUGGGACAGGGUGUGAGAGAUUUGGAGGAGUGUUAUGAGGUGUUGAGAAGGAAUCAGGGUGCGAUUGAGCUUCAGCAGAUACUACCACUCACCUCAUCCCAACCAGUGACGUCAUCCCGUCCAUAUCACUCCCCAAUGAGCUACCAGGGCUGUGGCCAGUACACAGCUAGCUCCCUGGCUAGGGUGGAGAGUGUGGGGCUUGGAGUUCGGAUUUCUGUGGAGAGUCAGCUGAUUCUAAUCCGGUCCCAGAUGCUACAACCCACUGUGCGGGUCAGGAGGCUGACACAAAGGGAGUGUCACCUGGCCACAGGUAUGAGGGGAACUAUGAUUAGACCUGAGGAGGCGGAAGAGGGAAGAGAUAAUGAGGAAGAGGAAAUUGAUGGGAGAGAGGAGGAGGGAGAAUCGGAUGACUGGGAAUCGGAUUUCUCUUAUUCAGAAGUAGACUCUGGUUCUUAUUCUGACCCAGAUUUUAGACCCCCUUCUAGAACAAUAAGUGGAAUGUGGACAGAUGGCAGGAGUGAGAAAGCCUGGGAGAGAUCUGGUGAUUAAUCAAUAGAGCAUUGUCACUGAAGAUCCCAUCUGUUCAACAAAAAGUUCACUCAAAAUAUUUAGCAGUGUUUUCCAGCGCUUCAUGUGAGAUGUUGCAUCAGCGGUUCCCAACCCGGCUCCUAGAGGUCUACUGUCCCAUAGGUUUUCACUCCAACCCUAGCAAAGCACACCUCAAUGAGCAGCUAGAGAUCUCUUUGAGCUGCUAGUUAGUAGAAUUAGGUGUGCCAAAUUAGGGAUGAAAUUAAAACCUACAGGAUGGUUGAUCUCCAGGAGCAGGGUUGGGAACCAUUGUGUUACAUGGUGUGUUGUGCGUGUUUAUUUAAACACUGGUUUCAAUAAAUUGGUGGUGGGGCAACAUAUUGCACUGAGUAUGCAGCCUUCUCAGUCACCAUAUCUGCAUUAUUCUACCACGUAUUGUUCAUUUUUGUCCUGUUUAUGUUUAGAAAUGAAAAAUAAAACUCCAUCUUUGUUUUGUUUCGGAGGUUGGUUCAGCAGAAUCACAUUUUUACUCAAGCAAUUGCCAGGGGUGAACAAACAGACAGACAGAGUCUCUGACUGCACACCAAGUUCAUCAAAGGACAAAAUAAAACCUCUCGGUAUGUCCUAUAUGUUUA